AGCCUAGCCCCAGUGUGCAGCCUAUUCCGAAUGUGCAAACUACCCCCACUGUGAAGCCUGGACCUAUCAGUAUGCAGCCUAGCCCCGCUGUGAAGGUUAGCCCCAGCGUUCAGCCUCCUCCGAUCAUGCAGCCUACCUCCACUGUGAAGCCUAGCAGUGUGCAGGCUACUCCAAGCGUGCAACCUACCCCCACUGUGAAGCCUAGUCCUAGUAUGCAACCUACUCCCACUGCCGUAGCGUCAACUUCAUCCCAUGCUCCUCCUGCACCAUCAACUCAACAGCAUGCAUACACUUCUGCAUCUUCUCGUGCCCCGUUCUCCGCUCCGCCAACGCAGACUACUUUUACUCCAUUGCACCAAGAUCCUGUUCAUCGGACGACAUCGUCUGGUGGACAGCCUCGAGGUUACCAACGGUCGACCGAUGCGCAGCCAAGUGCGAAAGCACCGCCUACACAUAUAAGCGCAUCAGCUAUUGCAGCGCAAGAUAAUACAUCCAAGGGGAGAUCAUACGCUACGACCCCUACUACGGCCGUGACCGCCCCUCACCUUCAGAAUUUGCCCACUGCGGAGACCCACGCGAAAUCUCAUUCAUCUCGGCCCCUUACCAGCGCAUCAGCUACCGCAGCGCAAACCACUCGACCAGUUGCUCCGCCGCUGAAUUCUACUCAGAGUGUUCCUGUUGAUGCUGCAUUCAAAGGUAGCAGACCAUAUGCUGCGGUCGCUGCGUCUGCUGUCGCAUCUCACCCUCAUAAUGCAGAGGCCCACGCAAAACCUUAUUCCUCUCGUCCUGUUGUACCUCCCGUGACUAUUCCUCAAGGUCUCAGCGUCCGUGCGGCUGCCAGCACGCCGUCUGCGAAAACCCAAGUGCAGGACCCUCCUAAUACCAGUGAUUCUACUCGUUAUCGUGAUUUGAUUUCUUCUGCUUCUCGUUAUGCAUCAGCUAUGAACCCAUUAUACCCUGCAUCUCAUCGUCACGCUACUCCAGCGAGCGCCAGCCAGCAACUCAAACCCUCGCACUCGACACAUCCUAUACCCCAUCAUCGAACUGUAUCAUUACCCACUCCGCAGCCUGUUUCCACAUCUAAUGUCAACCCACGUCCUCCUUCUCCUCGUAAAUUUUCUCAGCCUUUGGUCAACUCCAGUGCUACGUCAACACAGCCUUUCCCCAGUUCUUCGCAAGGAAACGUUUUGUCUCGCCCCUCCAAGACAGCCGAACCUUCGUGGGCUGCCCGUGUUGCAGUCUCAGGGCAUCCAUCUACACCUGCUCCGUCCCGAGCUCAUCUGCCAUCAGCUAUGAAUCGUACAUUUUCCCACGAGUCCGAGAUGCUGAUGACGCCUUCCUCUAUUGCACCCUCAAUGCCUAAGACACCGCAAACACCGCAGACGAGCUUCACCUCUCCGCACCAAGUAACUGCGCCCCUGAUGAGGCAGAGGCAGGUGUCAACAGAAUCUAAGGAGUCGAAGAAGAAGCCGGGUGGUUUCCUUGGAGGGUUGUUCAGGACCAUGUCAGGGUCUGGCUCUUCUAAACCUCUCGAGAGUCCCGUUGCUCGAUCUCCAAAGCUAUCUAUGGAGCAGCAUAAGUCUCCGCCCAUUAUAUCACCACCCAUCCAGCACUCUAAGUCGUCUUAUUCCCCUAAGGAAUCGAAGGAUAAGGUUGUGGCUUCUGCACUUCCUGCCCACACGAUGCAGACUACGACUCUUCCACCCCCAUUAGCGUUGACUCAAUCAAAGGCAUCAAAGGACAGAGCCAGGAGGCACCCUGAGAUUACCAUUUCAUCUGCGCAUCCUCCUCGUGACCGCAAGCACCCUUCAUCCAAUGUGUUCUCUCCGUUCAGUUUCCUGACUAGCAAAAGAAAUCGCACCAUGUCUGGAGCAUCUCUUGACGUAUGUGAUGGAAACACUGCAACGAACACCGUGAUUGGGUCUCCGGCUCACUCUACCGUCAGUCAAGUUCAGCCUCUUCCGCCUAUGGUGCCCCCACCUUCGCGGGAUCCUAUGGUAGCAACUAGCCAGUGGAGGGAUAGAGAAGAAGCGGAGCAGAAGAGGCGGAGAAAAAAUCGACCUCGGCCAGGAGUGACCUUUGACGUUGAGGAAGACCCACCUGACCCUUAUCCUGGGGCUACAGGCAAGCAGAAAGGCGCGCGGCUGGUUCGGCGCAAAACUGGCCGUGCUGUGACUCCUGGACCUCGCUGAUAUGACUGUCAAUUUAUGUUUGAAGUAUCUUAGUAUUGUCUUUGUAUUAUGUUAUAUAGUUUAUGGUCCUAUAACAGCUGUUUAGAAGGUAUGCCUGAGAGAAGUAGCUAAACAUGGAUUAUAGUGAGGUGCAGUCUAAUGUUAUUGAUCCAUCAAAUACAACAUAUUCAGCCCUAUUUGAGCACAGCCAAUUCUCACUGGGGGUCACGAG